GACAGCAGCCGUAAGGUUAAAACCUUACGAAACUCCUAUGUAAUACAGUAAAUCAAUUUUUACUUGAUUUCAGUUCCUAUAAACUAGUCUAUAAAAAUCUGCAUUUAUGUAAAUAUUCACAAUCUAUUCAUGAAUAAAUAUAUCACACUACCUAGUACGAUUAUUAAUUCGGGGCACUGAGUCUAAGAAACCACCUUAACAUCGAUCAACAUCGAUGAUCGAACCUUGCAGCAACGUGACCGCCUAGCAGACGACGGCCGUCAUUUAUAUCGAGUGAUUAAAAUACGACAAAAACUUUGUUUUUCGCAAGCACUAAUAAUUGAUCUAUUUCAUAUAUAACAACAGUGGCUACAAAUUUGCUAGUUUGGUUCAAACCGGAACAUGGAGCAGAAAAGAAAUAUUCCGUAUUCCAAGACCGGCGACAAGGAGGAAGAUGAGAUAUUACUGGAACCUAUCAGUUAUAUUCUACAAGUUCCUGGUAAAGAUAUCAGGGCAAAGCUAGCACAUGCUUUAAAUUACUGGUUAAAGAUACCACAGGAUAAGCUACAAGCAGUUGGAGAUAUAAUACAGAUGCUUCACACUUCUAGCCUCUUACUUGACGACAUUCAAGACAAUUCAGUUCUAAGGAGAGGUAUUCCUGUAACCCAUAAUAUUUAUGGGAUAGCUAGUACAAUAAAUGCUGCGAAUUAUGCGAUUUUUAUUGCAUUGGAAAGAGUUAUUGCUUUGAAUCAUCCAGAGGCUACACAAGUGUAUUUAGAACAGUUGUUGGAACUUCAUAGAGGUCAGGGUAUGGAAAUUUACUGGAGAGACAACUACAUUUGUCCAUCUGAAACUGCCUACAAGCAGAUGACUAUUCAGAAAACGGGUGGACUCUUCAAUUUGGCUGUCCGUUUAAUGCAGUUGUUUUCAGAUUGCAAAGAGGACUAUACACCUCUAGCUGGAAUCUUAGGGCUCUACUUUCAGAUUCGUGACGAUUAUUGUAAUCUUUGCCUCAAGGAUUACUUUGAGAACAAAAGUUUCUGCGAGGAUCUGUCGGAAGGGAAAUUUAGUUUUCCCAUCAUUCAUGCUAUACGGAGCCAUCCAGAGGACCGACAGCUGAUGAACAUUUUGCGACAACGAACCAAGGAUAUCGAAGUGAAACGAUACUGUGUUAACUUGUUAGAAAAAUUUGGUUCCUUCGCUUAUACAAGAGCAGUGUUCGAAGAAUUGGAUAAGAAAGCGAGGAACGAGAUUCAACGAUUGGGGGGGAACCCUUUGUUAAUAGCAUUUUUAGAUGAGUUCUUAAAUUGGAAGCAUCAAGAUACUCAACAAAGUAGGAAAACUACAUCUUAA